AUGCACAAUUCUCCAGGAGUCCCAGCUCCCCGCCCUCGCCCUCGGUGUGUCCCCGGCGCCACCCAGCCUCCAACCCCACCCCAAGGGGCCCGGGCCUCGCACGGAAGCCAGAGGCCCAGCCCGGUGCCCGCGGAGCCCCCGGGACCCAUGGCAGCCGCGGGGGAGCCCCGCGCCCUGAGCCGCGCCGAGAAGCUGCUGCGGCGCCUGGAGGAGCAGUGCGGGGACCCCCGGCUGGCCGGCAGCCCCCCGUCGCUGCGGGACCUGCUGCCCCGCGUGCGGCAGCUGCUGCGGGAAGUGGCGCGGGCGCGGCGCGGGCCGGGCGGCCCGGAGGCCCCGGGGGGCGCCCGCGACUUCCUCGCCGUCUACCUGGCCAACCUGGAGGCCAAGGCCGGGCAGCUGUCCGCGCUGCUGCCGCCUCCCGGACGACGGACGGCGGCCGACCCCGAGCUCUUCCCGGAGGGCUCGCGCCUCAGGCGACAGCUGUCCAAGCUGGCCCUGAUCUUCAGCCACAUGCACGCGGAGCUCAGUGCGCUCUUCCCGGCCGGCCACUACUGCGGACAAACAUACCGACUGACCAAGACCCCAGCCCACACCUUCUGGAGGGAGCACUGCGGGCCUCGGUGCAUCGUGCCCUGGGGGGAGUUUGAGUCCCUCCUGUGCAUCUGCCACCCCGUGGAUUCAGGCCCCACGGCCCUGGUCCUGCGCGCCACCAUCGACCUCACUUGCAGCGGCUACGUGUCGGUCUUCGAGUUUGACAUCUUUACCAGGCUUUUUGAGCCAUGGCCCACGCUCCUCAAGAACUGGGAGCUGCUAGCGGUCAACCACCCUGGCUACAUGGCCUUUCUCACCUACGACGAGGUCCGAGGGCGGCUGCAGGCCUAUAAGGACAAGCCAGGAAGCUACAUCUUCCGGCCUAGCUGCACCCACCUGGGCCGGUGGGCCAUCGGUCACGUGAGCCCAGACGGCAGCAUCCUGCAGACCAUCCCCACCAACAAGCCCCUGUUGCAGGCGCUCCUGGAGGGACAGAAGGAAGGCUUUUACCUCUAUCCAGACGGAAGGAACCACAACCCUGACCUGUCCGAGCUCUGCCAUUCGGAGCCACACCAGCUUGUCCACGUGUCGCAGGAGCAGCUGCAGCUCUACUGGGCCAUGAACUCCACGUUCGAGCUCUGCAAGAUCUGCGUGGAGAGUGAGAAGGACGUGAAAAUCCAGCCCUGCGGACACUUGCUCUGUAGCCACUGCCUGGCUACCUGGCAGCUCUCCGACAGCCAGACCUGCCCAUUCUGCCGCUGCCAGAUCAAGGGCCAUGAGACCAUCAGCAUCCACCACCUGCCCAGGACGCCAGCAAAGAUGAGGGCCUGGGAGCUGGGGGACGACGGAGAGGAGGAGUGGCAGCCGGUGACUCCUUCAGCUCCUCCAUUGCCCCCUCCAGUGCCCCCCAGGCGGCCCCAGAUUAAAGGCCCACAGAGAGUGACUCUCCUUCCUGCCCCUGGACCUUUGCAACAGACUUUCCUGCCUGAGGCUCUGAGGUCCCGGGUUCAAUCCCCGACAACACCAUCAGCCAGAGUUGAGCAGAGUUUAGUGAAAAACAAAACACAGAAAAAGAAAAUAGCAGCCUGAUGCAUUUUCCUAGUCCUUUCCCCACAAAGAAUAUACUUUUGGGGUCAGGGAUGUAGUUCACACAGGAGACCCUAAAUUCAGUCUCUAGCACAUCACCAGAGAAAGAAGGGAGAAGGGAAUCUGUUUUUUUUUCUUAAUGUGAGAUGAAUU